AUGGGGAUAUACUUAUCACUAGUUAUUGGUGUUAUAAUAAUUGGGGUACUCUUCGAUAUAUUUAAACAAUAUCGGAAACACCAGACGUACAAAGUGAAAGAGAUACCCAAGUCUAUCAAAGAGAUUUAUGGCGACAAAUUAACACAAGAAGAGUUUGAUGCCUCUCAGAGUUACCAAUUGGACUCUUCGAGACUUGUGUUUAUCAAGAUAGCUGUCAAACUAGUCUUCGAAGUGACUGCAUUUCUCAGUCCGUUAUUUCCAAGUGUCUACAACCAUUAUAAGUCCAUGCCGGAGUACUUGUCUUCGAUACUCUUUGUCCUCACAUUCAACAUUUUGGACACUUUAGUUGACCUUCCCUUCUCUUUAUAUAACACUUUUGUGAUUCGUGAGAAGCACAAAAUGAACAACAUGACUCUCGGAAUAUACAUCAAAGACGCUUUAAAAAGCUUUGCGUUGUCUGGUGUAUUGAGUAUUAUAGUGGUCACGGUAUUAUACUUCUUGGCUGGUCCAAGUGUCUCUGUUGACUCUCUAGAAGACCAAAGUAGUGUUAUUAAGCACUUCACUCUCUAUUUCUGGCUUGCUAUUAUGGUCAUAGACAUCGUCAUUUCCCUCAUCUUUGUCCCAUUCAUUCUCCCACUCUUUUACGAGAAAAAGCCAUUGGAAGAGUCCGAACUGAAGACCAAAAUUACUGAAGUUAUGAAAGACGUCGAUUUCAAUUUAAAAGACGUGUGGAUGAUCGACGCAUCGAAAAAGAUGAAAGAAGGAAACGCCUUCUUCUCUGGGCUUUUUGGGAAGCGCGACCUUGUUCUCUUCGAUAAUUUGACCACAUCAUGUAACACAGAAGAAAUCGUUGCUAUUGUCUUACACGAAGUCGGCCACUGCAAACAUCGUCAUUUGUACAAACUUCUCGGAGUGCAGUCGAUACUCAUUUUUAUAGUAUUUAAAAUUAUCGAAAUUUUCUUGUUCAAGAAAACUCUCUACAAAGACUUCGGCUUCGAUAGGACAGUUUACGUAUUCGGUUUCGUCGUGUUAAACACUACGUUAAGUCCUUUGAUGGAAAUUAUAUCAAUCGGGUUGAACGCUGUUAUGAGGAAAUUCGAGUUCCAAGCAGACAGAUAUGCGGUGGACAACGGAUUCACUUGUUUAGACUCCGCUCUUAUUAAACUCUCUAUCAUGAAUAAAUCUUCGUUGGUUGACGACCCCAUUGUAUCCGCUUUGGAAAACUCACACCCAACUGUCGAGGAGAGAGUGAAGGUAAUCAGAGCUGUUGAGGUUAAGAAGGAUAAGUGA